UCAGUCGAUCUUCAGGUACGGUUCAUUCUUGGAAUGGCACCAAGUCGUUGGAUGAAACCAGAGGUGUAUCCUCUCAUGGCAGCAAUGACAUUUGUAGCAGGCAUGUGUGUCUUCAGCCUCACUAGGAACGUUCUCAUUAACCCUGAUGUCAGGAUCAACAAAGCCCACCGUGCAACUGCAGUGCUUGAAAAUGAAGAAGAAGGUGAGAAGUACGCACACCACAGCCUCCGCAACUUCCUUCGCAACCGCUCACCUCAGAUCAUGCCUGCUAUCAACAACUUCUUCUCUCGGAGGGACUAGCCAGAUAGAAAAAGGAA